AGCAUGGGACAGUGAGAGGAAACAGAGGAAGACAUCCACGUAGCCGCUCGUCUCGUCUCGCGUCGCAGUUGUCCAGCCGUCGUUAUGUCCUCAAUGUGUCCGUUUAUCUGAAGGUAAACGCUGCUUUCAGUUCAGCGGAUAUUGGUGGUCCGUUUGGCGGGCUAACGACCCUCAUCCUGGUCCGGUUUUAGCUUGAAAAGGGAGAAGAAAAGGAGUGCAAAUGGAGCUGGAAGACGGAGUGGUGUACCAGGACGACCCGGGCACCUCGGCGGUGAUGUCUGAGCGCGUCUCGGGCCUGGCCAACUCCAUCUACCGGGAGUUCGAGAGGCUCAUCGGUAAAUACGACGAGGACGUGGUGAAGGAGCUGAUGCCGCUGGUCGUGGCCGUGCUGGAGAACCUGGACUCGGUGUUCGCGGAGAACCAGGAGCACGAAGUGGAGCUGGAGCUGCUGAAGGAGGACAACGAGCAGCUCAUCACUCAGUACGAGCGCGAGAAAGCGCUGAGGAAACAUGCAGAGGAGAAGUUCAUUGAGUUUGAGGACACUCAUGAACAGGAUAAGAAGGACCUGCAGACCCAUGUGGACAGAAUGGAGUCCCACUCGCGGCAACUGGAACUCAAGAUCAAGAACUACGCAGACCAGAUUGGCAGGCUAGAAGAACGAGAACUGGAGCUCAAGAAAGAAUACAACUCCCUCCAUCAGCGGCACUCAGAGAUGAUCCAUAACUACAUGGAGCAUGUAGAGAGGAUCAAAUUGCAGCAGAUCAGCGAGACUUCAGAGUCGAGCGCCGUCGGCCGAAUCAGGAGAGAGCGGCCUCUUUCUUUGGGGAUCUUCCCAUCAGCUGGUGGAGCGUCUCCGAUCAUCCCCGACCCCCAGACCAGGGCGGAGACGCCGGGCACAGAGGGCUGGAGAUUCACCGACCCAGCGCGGUCCAACACUAGCCUCAAGCAGUUGGACUUUGUCGACCCCCCAAAGGAAAGGGAGGGUAAGAGUGCGCAGGACUCUACUUGGGGGAAUUCACUGGCAGACGACUGCAAGGAUGAGCUGUCGGACUUCUCCGGCUCCAAGUCCACCACGGCCUCGGACACGGAGAAGGGAGACGGGAACAGUAAGAGCACGGAGGUGCAGGCUGCACCGGGGACCAGGUCCAUAUCAGUGGGUUUGCCUGAGAAUGAGGACAGCUCAGAUGUGAAGGACAUCAUCGAGUCCACCCCGGAGCUGGACAUGGAUGCCAUCGGAUACAAACCCUCCAGUACUCCGACUAAAGGCAUCGAGAAUCUGGCAUUUGACCGAAACACAGACUCUCUGUUUGAGGAGCUGUCGUCUGCGGGCACCGGGCUCAUCGGGGACGUGGAUGAAGGAGCCGACCUGCUGGUGGAGUACUCUGACCUUAGUUUGAUUGGAAUGGGCCGGGAAGUUGAAAAUCUCAUUCAGGAGAAUUCACAGCUGCUCGAGACAAAGAACGCUCUGAACGUGGUGAAUAAAGACUUGAUAUUGAAGGUGGACGAGUUGACCUGUGAGAAGGAGAUGCUGCAGGGAGAGAUGGAGGCCGUGCUGCAGGCCAAGACCAAGCUGGAGGACAAGGCCAGAGAGAUGGAGGAGGAACUCAAAAAAGUGCGAGUGGAGAUGGAGGAAGUGAAACACAAAACUAAAGAAGACGAAGAUAGCGACGUACCUACAGCCCAGAGGAAGCGCUUCACCAGAGUGGAAAUGGCCAGAGUGCUGAUGGAGAGGAACCAGUACAAAGAGAGACUGAUGGAGCUGCAGGAAGCCGUGCGGUGGACAGAGAUGAUCAGGGCCUCGAGAGAAAACCCAACACUCACAGAGAAGAAGAAAUCCAGCAUCUGGCAGUUCUUCAGCAGACUGUUUAGCUCCUCCGCCAGUUCCCCCACUAUGAAGAAGGUGGAGUCCCAGUCCAACAUCAAGUACAACGCCCCCGGCGGCAUGGUGAAGAGGAGCAGCACCUUCUCCCAGUUCCCCACGGAGAAGUCCAAGACCUUCGACUUCCUCAAUGAAGAGAAGGAUCAGUGCAGCUCGCCAUCGCGUAAAGAGCAGAAGCGAGCCCAGUACAGACAGGUGAAGGCCCACAUGCAGAAGGAGGAUGGACGAGUCACUGCACACGGCUGGAGCCUGCCCAGCAAGUACAAGGUGGCAAAUGGUGGACAGGUGGAGAAUAAAAUGAACUUACCUGUGCCAGUAUACUUGAGACCUCUGGAUCAGAAAGAUGCUUCUAUGAAGCUGUGGUGCGCUGCAGGGGUCAACCUGUCUGGGGGGAGGACACUACCGGAGGUCACGAAGCAGACGAAGGGUUCUCAGAGUAGCCUGGACCAGUUGGAGCAAGAGAGUAAGGAUCAGGAGAAAGGGGAGCCGGAGAAGGAGCUGGUCGUUCAGGACGAGACGUCCAGCAGGGUGUGGGUGUGCACCAGCACCCACUCCUCCACCAAGGUCAUGGUGCUGGACGCCACUCAGCCCUCGGACCUGCUCGACAGCUUCUACGCCUGCAACACCCACGUCGUCUGCAUAGCCAGCGUUCCAGGUGUGUUGGAGACUGAUUAUUUGGCAGGUGAGGAGGUACCCCAAGACCCGGAGGCUAGCCAAGGUGACGGGGUGUCUCUGGCCGGCAGCGUGGCCAGCGUGGGCUCAGCGGGCAGCGAUGGUGCCAUGGCAGCAGAGGGGACCACCGCCGUCCCCCAGACAGCCGGCGCAGGCAUCACCGACCAGCCGGCUGAGCACAGCGGCAUCUCGAGCUCAGUUGAGCUGUCCAGAGAGACCAGUCCAGCAGAAGACGGCGUCCCUACGGCGGAAGAGGCGACGGAAGCAACGGAGGCUAACGCCGGCGUGGGCGAAGAAGGAGAGGAGGACCAGGAAGCGGAUCAAAACCAGCCAGGAAUGUACACGGAGCACGUGUUCACCGACCCGCUGGGGGUCGGACCCACAGACUCCCCUUCUGCUGACGCACAGAGGGGUUGCGGACACGAUGGCGAGGCUCUCUUCCCAGAAGACUCGGACCCAUCCGACGGGGAGGUCCUGAGGAUGAGCAGCGCUCACCCCACCAUGUGGCUCGGAGCUCAGAAUGGAUGUCUGUAUGUGCACUCGUCUGUGGCUCGAUGGAGGAAGUGUCUCCACGCCAUCAAGCUGAAAGACUCCAUCCUCAGCAUAGUGCACGUUAAAGGGAGAGUGCUGGUAGCGUUGGCUGAUGGGACUUUAGCAAUUUUCCACAGAAGCAUCGACGGUCAGUGGGAUUUAACCAACUACCACCUGUUGGACCUGGGCCGGCCUCACCACUCUAUCCGCUGUAUGACAGUCGUCCAUGACAAGGUGUGGUGCGGCUACAGGAACAAGAUCUACGUCAUCCAGCCAAAGGCCAUGAGGAUAGAGAAGUCGUUCGACGCUCACCCUCGCAAGGAGAGUCAGGUGCGGCAGCUGGCCUGGGUCGGAGACGGUAUCUGGGUGUCCAUCCGACUGGAUUCAACUCUACGCUUGUUUCACGCCCACACCUACCAGCACCUCCAGGACGUGGACAUCGAGCCCUACGUCAGCAAGAUGCUGGGUACCGGUAAACUGGGCUUCUCCUUUGUGAGAAUCACGGCUCUGGUGGUGUCCUGCAGCCGACUCUGGGUGGGGACAGGAAACGGCGUCAUCAUCUCCAUCCCGCUGUCUGAAGCCAACAAGACAACGGGAAUAGUGCCAAAUCGGCCCGGCAGCGCUGUACGGGUUUACGGUGAUGACGGUUCAGACGGCUCCGUGCAGGGCAGCUUUGUGCCAUACUGCUCCAUGGCCCACGCCCAGCUGUGUUUCCACGGACAUCGAGAUGCCGUCAAGUUUUUUGUCACCGUGCCAGGUCAGGCGAUGCCUCCUCCAGGCAGCGCAGAUUCAGGCUCUGAUGACCCUCCAUCUGAAUCCUCUGACUCAGCAAACUCUGAGCCCAAAACCCACCUGGUCAUGAGUGGAGGUGAAGGCUACAUCGACUUCAGAAUGGGUGAUGAAGGCGGUGAGUUGGACGGUUUAUCAGAGCCAACAGCCAGCCAGCAGUCACCGCCUACCAAGGCCGAGCGGAGCCACCUCGUCGUCUGGCAGGUCACGACCUCUCAUGAUUGAAAACAAAAGAAAAGAAAAAAAAUCACAGACUGUCGUGUCCAACUCGUGGGCCGCCCACCAAACCCCCCGCAUGUCCUCGAAGUUUUUAAUUUGAUAUUACUGAUUGUUCUUAAUGCCUGAAUAGUUGACUACUUUGUAAAAAAACAACAGUUAUUUUUAGUCCAUGUUUUGUACAGUUUAUUCUUUAUGAAUUUUGAAUUAGGUAAGGAUUAUGUUAACUUAAAGAAUACGUCCAGGGUCCAAGUGUUCCCCUUUCCGCUGGGUUGCAUGUUGGAAAAGCUGGUUGCACGCUGGGAAAAAGGGCAACGCAACUAAAGUUGUGGGCACAGUUUGAUCAGGUAAUGUGUGGAAGUUGUUGGUGGACGUGAAAGAUAAAAAGGGAAAAGCACUUGGAGAAGUAAGUCAUUAAAAAAAGGGAGCAGAAA